UGUAUAAAGGCCCCCUGGAGCUGGGCCCUGGCAGAGCCUGGAGCUACAGCCCAGAUCACCCAGAACCCAUGGCUCAACUUUCUGCCCAGAGCCGCACAAAGCUGAUGGCCCUACAGCUGCUGCUUUGGCACAGCGCACUGUGGCCAGGACAGGAGGCCAUUCCCCUGGUCUCCGUCAGCCCUCUGCCAUCAUCCCCGCCUUUGCCCCGGGCCUUCCUGCUGAAGUCCUUGGAGCAAGUGAGGAAGAUUCAGGCCAGAAACUUGGUGCUGCUGGAGCAGCUGUGUGCCACCUACAAGCUGUGCCACCCCGAGGAACUGGUGCUGCUCGGCCACUCUCUGGGUAUCCUCCAGGCUCCCCUGAGUGGCUGCUCCAGCCAGGCCCUGCAGCUGACAAAGUGCCUAAGCCAACUCCACAAAGGACUCUUCCUCCACCAAGGCCUCUUGCAGGCCCUUGCAGGCAUUUCCCCUGAGCUGACCCCCACCUUGGACAUGCUGCAGCUGGAUGUUGCCAACUUUGCCACCACCAUCUGGCAGCAGAUGGAAAGCCUGGGGGUGGCCCCUGCUGCGCAGCCCACCCAGAGCACUGCCAUGCCAACCUUCACGUCUGCCUUCCAGCGACGGGCGGGAGGCGUCCUGACCACUUGGUACCUGCAGAGCUUCCUGGAGGUGGCUCAUUCUGCUCUGCAGCACUUGACCUCGCCCUGAGCAAAGCCCUUUCAACAGCCAGUUUAUUUAUCUAUUUAAUAUUUAUGCUUAUUUAAGCCUAUAUUUAAAGACAGAGAAGAGAGACUGGAGCUCCAGGCUUCUCGGUCCUUCUCUCCACUUGUGAGUUUGGUUCUCCUGCCUCGUGAGCAGUGAGAGAAAGCUCUCACGUCCUCCCGUGGAGGACAGGAGGGAGCUGGGUAAAUACCAAGUAUUGACCCCUGAUGUUGAUCCAGGACCCCAGUUCUGUGGCGGCACCCAAAAGAGCCACAGUGAGUCCCGCCUCUCCGAGGCACCUAGCUCAGGGGGCCCAGGCAGCUUAAGGAGGUCUCCCUUUUGGGGGGACAAGACAACCCUGUUUAAUAUUUAAACAGCAGUGUUCCCAAACACUGGGUUCUUGCAUCCUUGGACAAUCAGGCAGCAGGUUUCUGUCCGUGCAGGAAAGAAGUCCCUAGAGAAACAGUGGCAGCCAGGUCUGGCUCUGGAAUGUAUUAUUUUUUGUAGGGCCUUGCAGGCCUGGAACUGAGGGUGUAGGAGGGAAAGGGUAGGAGCCCUGUGGGGAGGGUACGGCGUCGGGGGAGGCCGACCUGUCUACCCCACUUGCUCAUUGUUAACCAACUUAAGGGUAAUAAA